GAGAGAAGGAGGAGGGGGAGGAGGAGAGUGUGAGGCUUUUAGUUUGGAGUGAGUGUGAGAGAGAGAGGCAGAGUGGGCUCCAUCUCUCUCUCUCUAACACAUGAACAGCACAACUUUAGUUUAAGCUUACCAUCACUGAAGAUGACUGCACGCAUUCCUCCCUGGUUCUUUGGAUUAUUUCUACUAGUGCUCCGGUUCUGCUGUCGUCGCUCCUCUGCUCAGCUGUUGGACGACCGUGGUUCUCAGGGAGCCUUGGACCUGACUGAGUUGAUCGGCGUCCCCCUUCCUCCCUCCGUCUCCUUUGUCACAGGUUUCGAGGGUUACCCCGCCUACAGCUUCGGCCCGGAUGCCAACGUGGGCCGCCUUACAAAGUCAUUCAUCCCCGACCCAUUCUACUAUGACUUUGCCAUCACGGUCACAGCUAAACCCACCACACGGCGUGGUGGUGUGCUGUUCGCCAUUACAGAUGCUUACCAAAAGAUUGUGCACCUAGGUGUAGCAUUGUCUGAGGUGGAGGAUGGUUCCCAGAGAGUCAUACUGUACUACACCGACCCAGGAACGAGAGGUGGGACACAGGAAGCAGCUUCCUUCAAAAUGGGAGACCUGACAGGGAGAUGGGCGAGGUUUACCCUGACGGCACAGGGAGCAGAGGUGCGUCUCUACAUGGACUGUGAGGAAUACCACCGGGUUGCCUUCUCCAGGAGCCCUCAGCCUCUGACCUUCGAGGCCAGCUCAGGGAUCUUCGUGGGGAACGCUGGGGGUACGGGCCUGGCGAGGUUUGUGGGCUCCAUCCAGCAGCUGGUGCUCAAGUCUGAUCCCACGGCCCCAGAUGACCAGUGUGAGGAGGACGAUCCUUAUGCCUCUGGAUACGGAAGCGGUGACGAUGCUUAUGAAGACAUGGAGAGAAUAGACGAAGUGAAGAAGAUUGUGGAGGAGAGAGAGUACACCAUGCCCCUCCUAGAGCUGGACCCCACUUACAGCACCCCAGUCCGAGCUCCGCCCACUGAGAUGUCACUGGGCGGUGAUGAUGAAGACAUAGAGGAGACUUCUGGACACGAGGUGGAGGUGACCACAGAAAGAAUGAAAUCAUUUGAGCCAAGUACUUCAGCCUCCGUAUUUAACACUGACACUUCCCUCCAGGUGACUCCAGGACAGAAAGGGGAGCGAGGUGAUCCAGGUCCAGCAGGUCCCCCAGGACCACCUGGCCCUCCAGGACAUGCCUCAGGAGGCGGGGAGGAAGGGGAGCCCGGACCCAGGGGUCCACCAGGACCACAGGGACCGUCAGGCCCACCUGGAGUUGCAGGGAAAGAUGGACUGCCUGGAAGCAAAGGUGAAACUGGUGCCCCAGGAGCAACUGGGAUUCCAGGAUUCCCAGGACUACAGGGAGAGCCUGGUCCUAAGGGAGAAAAGGGCGAUCCUGGUGUUGGGCUCCCAGGUCCUCCAGGCCCUCCUGGACCUGCAGGUCAACCAAGGGCGUCGCCCAUGUUCCUGGAGGGGUCAGGAUUUGAAGACUUUGACAGUGACGCAGAGAUUAUUAGGGGGCCUCCAGGGCCUCCUGGUCCCCCGGGACAGCCAGGGCCCCCAGGAACUUCAUCUGAAGACAUCUUUCCUGGACCACCUGGCAUCCCUGGAAAAGACGGGAGGGAUGGAGAGAGGGGUGAACCUGGACUGCCUGGAGUUGAUGGAAAAGAUGGGGAUCCAGGACCUGCUGGGGAGAAAGGAGACAAGGGAGAACCUGGUGUGAACGGGCAGCCAGGAGUGAAGGGAGAUCAGGGCCCUCCAGGGUUUCCAGGCGUGCCAGGCUCAGAAGGUCCAGAAGGGCAGCCUGGUCCCAGGGGUCCUCCGGGGCCCCCAGGUCCCCCUGGAAGAGGCUUCACCGUGGACUUUGAGGAUUUGGAAGGAUCUGGGAUAGAUGGUGGUUUUGGAGCUACGCUCUCCAGAGGCCCACAGGGUCCUCCAGGAAUCCCUGGACUUGAAGGACCGAAGGGUAAAGAUGGUUUAGACGGCUCCCCUGGAAACCCAGGGCAAAAGGGGGAGAAAGGUGCUACAGGAUCACCAGGGUUUCCUGGACUGGAUGGACUAAGAGGGGAUCAGGGACCAAAGGGGGGCAAAGGUGAUCCAGGACUAAAGGGAGAGGCAGGACGGGACGGACUUAGUCUACUCGGCCCGCCAGGGCCACCUGGACCACCAGGACCCCUCCUCAACCUCCAGGAUCUUCUACUUAACGAUACAGAUGGUGCCUUUAACUUCUCAGGGAUUUUUGAAGCUCAGGGAUCCGCUGGUCCAAAGGGUGACACUGGGUUACCAGGAGUUCAAGGACCUCCAGGACUGAAAGGUCAAAAGGGUGAGCCAGGGAUUGUCAUCGCAGCAGAUGGAUCCAUGCUGUCAGGCAUGGCUGAUCCACUGGGACCCAAAGGAGCCAAGGGAGAUAUUGGUGUACCUGGACCUGCUGGAAUUCCAGGGCCUAUUGGACCACCAGGACCUAAAGGAGAGUUUGGUUUUCCAGGAAGACCUGGUCGUCCAGGCCUGAUGGGACCUAAAGGAGAGAGAGGGGACUCUGCAGGCCUGCCGGGACCUCCUGGCCCUCCUGGUUUGCCAGGCCGCCCAGGAAUAUUCAACUGCCCGAAAGGAACUGUGUUCCCCAUCCCUCCCAGACCCCACUGCAAAAUGGCUCUUAAUCCCAAUGGAACCAUUGCAGUCGGUAACUGUCAAACAGGACUAAAAGGAGAGAAGGGGGAGAGAGGCCUUCCUGGAUUGCCGGCACCACCAAAUACAUACCUUCCCAGGGGUGUCUGGGGGUCCAGAGGUGACCAGGGCAUUAAAGGAGAGAAAGGAGACAAGGGGGAGGCAGGGUUGCCAGGGCGACCAGGUAUCCCUGGGAGACCAGGACCUGUGGGACCUAAAGGAGAGGCAGUGCUUGGUCCACAAGGCCACCCCGGGGUGCCAGGUUCACCGGGUAUCCCAGGCUAUGGCAGACCAGGACCCGUUGGCCCUCCUGGACCACCAGGGCCUCCAGGUCCCUCUGGGUCACCCUCAAGAUAUGGCUCAGCUUUGACCAUUGCUGGCCCCCCUGGACCUCCUGGACCAGCUGGACCUCCUGGACCUUCGGGUAACGCAGCAUCUCUGAAAACAUUUGCAAGCCGUGAGAGUAUGAUGCAGCACACAGUCAGGGAUGCAGAGGGAACUCUGAUGUACGUCACAGCAACAGGAAGUCUCUUCCUCAAGGUCUCCCAGGGAUGGAAAGAGAUACAGCUUGGCAGUCUGAUCUACCUCUCCAAUAACAUUAUUCCACAAGAUGAGCCUCGAGCUGCAUACCAGAUAAGAGGAGACACGAUGGAAAGAAUACGUUCAGUAAACGAAAGGCUCAACCUGGUGGCCUUGAACCAGCCCCACUCAGGCGAUAUGAUGGGACUCGACAUAGCCGAUCGGAUGUGUUAUGAACAAGCCAAGGCGAUGGGUUUGACUCCAAACUACCGCGCCUUCAUUUCCUCCCACAGGCAAGACCUGGUCCAUGUGGUCUACCCUGGUUUCCGAGAAACUCUGCCAGUUACCAACCUCAGGGGAGACGUGAUGUUUAGGAACUGGCGGUCAAUUUUCAAUGGCGACGGGGGGCCACUGGAUGCCAGGAUACCCAUCUACUCCUUUGACGGCAGGGAUGUUUUAGCUGACCCCUUCUGGCCUCAGAAGAGUAUCUGGCACGGCUCCACCAGCAGGGGCCUCCGAGUGAUGGACAAACACUGUGAGACGUGGCGAGCGGACCACAUGUCUCUCAUGGGCCAGUCGUCGAGCCUGACCUCAGGUCUGCUCCUGGGCCAGCAGACGCGGAGCUGCUCCAACCAGUACAUUGUUCUUUGCAUCGAGACCCACAAAAACUUUUAACCCCCUCACCCCUGUACCACUCAACCAAGGAACCCAUCCCAGCCAGCGCAAACGUUCAACACUCGGGGGAAAAAGAUUUGAGUGUCUUUCAAAGAGAAGGACGUCGAUUUCAGCACAUCUGUGGUGCUACGUGUAGCAUUUUGUGCUUUUUAAAACAGAGGAUAAUAUUUAACACUUUUUUCACAAAGGGGAUGUUCAUACUUUUUUCUCUCCUUUCUCUGCUGACAUCACUUUGUGUUGUUGGAGGAGAGAGAAGAUUGUUAAGAGGCAGUAACAAACUCUUAACAACAGCCAAGACAUAAUCUGGGAAGGCAAGCUAACAUGAAGUUGAUGCUACGCUGUGGAACUGGAAUUAUUCUGGGGGUUGUUUGCAAUCCAUUUUGUGUCUUAAAGGAGCUGUGUACAACAGUCAGAGCAUAUCUAUAAUUCAGAGUCUGAGCUGGAAUUGUCUGCAUUCGGCUCUCAACAUGGAGGUGGCUGAAUUUGCAGCUAGCAGCUAACUGUGCUAACAGCAUGAGCAGCGCUAGCAGCAGUGCUGACAGAGAUCAUUUUUUGGAUUGUUUGCAGCCCUAAUUUGAGACUAAAAAGAGCUGGAGUCUGAGCUGGGAUUGUCUGCACUUGGCUCUCAACAUGGAGGUGGCUGAGCAGGUGGCUAGCAGCUAACGUUGCUAACAGUGCAAACAGCCUAAACAAUGGCAACAGUGCUAACAGAGCUAAUGGUGUUAAGGUAAGGAGGAAGUGAAAGAUUGGGCAUUACACUCCUGCAACAACGCUGUUCUCAGCAUUAACCACCUCGUGAGUGCAGCACAUAGCUGUGGCAAUUUGGCUAGCCAGUGGGAUAUGACUACAACAGACUACAACAACAAAAAACAGAGAAGCUCGGAUUACAACACACACAGAGGAAGCAUGACUUCAUUCGCUGCUCAGGACGCCAUUACUCCACUAUAUCUUUACAUAGCAAAUAGAUGUUUGCGGCUGUAUUAAUGCUCUGAAUGUUAUGUACAGCACUUUUAAAGUAACGCCCCAUCAACAUUGUAAGAAAUAUUUCCCCUCAUGUUCACCCUGUUGGCACAUAAUGUAAAAUGCAACACAGAGGCUGAUGGAGGCUGAGACAAUAUUCAUGCUAAUAUCUCAGAGAGAAAUGUGGUAAUGCUUUCUUAGUUUUAAAAAUGAUACACGCAGCACCUUUAACCUUUUAUUCAAGCAAAGUGGACUCAUUUGCAACUAGACACAUCUGUUUCACUUUACAAGAAUCGAACAAGAUAUACAAAGGCUUUUUCCCUACAGUCACCCAGGUGUGUUGAGGAUAAGACGUCUCUUUUUUAAGUUGGUCUCUUUGUUGUUCAGGAGACUGAAAAUGCAGCGGCUGGCAGUUUUUACAAAUGAUAGAUUUCCAAAGACUUUUGUGACGGAAGCACAAAGCUACUUUCACUGCCUUGUUUGCAGGUUGUCAUGGAGGGUUUUAAACAUUUCUGUAGACAUGUUUUAAGGGUAAGAAAUGUCUUCCUAUAGCUUACAGAGUCCCUUGUCCAACAGUGGGAAGACCAGACGACCAGUGUUGCCACCAAAGUCAUUUUUGAUGCACUGUACUUUAUUUUUAAAAAAAGAUAUUUUCUAGUUCAACAUUUUCAUCCUUGAACGUGUUGUUUGUGUCAUAGCUUUUUCAUACAUCUUGGUGAUCUCACAUCUUAGCAGCUCUUUCUCUCAAUAGGCUAUUUAAUUUAAAUUCAAUGAUUUAUUUAUACCGUCACAGCACAUAACAUGAAAUCAGAUGAGUAAAUUUAAGAAUGUAAUUUAUCGUUUUGUUUGUCAAAUGUUUUUUUUCUCACUUUUCUAUUUUUUUUUUUUUUUUUUUUUUGUACUUUUUGUUUUAAUUUCUGGAAAAUAUUGACAACAGUCAAAACGAAUUUCCACCGAGAUUUAAUUGGAAAAAGCUAAAUAAUUUUCAUACUGAAAAAGAAGACCAGAAAAAAAGAAAUUCCAUGGGGAAAAGUGAGAGCACAUGUUUUUGUAUAAAUAUUGGUGCUUUGUUGAAUAAAGUUUUCUCUUUUCAUAA